UUUUUUUCUAGAGGGCGCUGUUAAUAUGUUAAACGGCACACACUCAACAUGGCGGCAGUUUUACCGAGAGAAUGCCAUGUGCAUCCUGUAGUUCUUUUCAAUAUUGUAGAUUCUUACGAAAGAAGGAAUGACGAAAAUGCUAGGGUCAUCGGAACUCUCCUAGGUACCAACAUUCAGGGAGUUGUAGAAAUCACAAACUGCUUCUGUGUUCCCCACAAUGAGUCGGAAGACGAGGUGGCAGUGGAUAUGGAGUUUGCUAAGAACAUGUACGAUCUACAGAAGAAAGUGAACGCCAAUGAGGUCAUCGUAGGCUGGUACGCGACAGGUCCAGACAUCACUGACCACUCCCUGCUGAUCCAUGAGUACUACUCCCGGGAAUGCGUCAACCCAGUCCAUCUGACUAUAGACACCACCCUGACCGACUUCAAGAUGUCCAUCAAAGUCUGGAUAAGGCAAUCCAUGGGCGUUCCAGACAAGUCCAAGGGGACCGUCUUUACACCCAUCAAGAUGAAGCCAGUGUGCCAUCAACCUGAGAGGGUCGGAUUGGAUGCAUUAAUUCGAGGCCAAGCCUCGGGUCGUCGUACCAUGGAAACGGUCACCGAUCUCCAGCACGUCAGUAAAUCCUGCGUCAAGCUUCAAGAGAUGAUCGCCAUCGUAUUGGAAUACGUGGACGACGUCGUGAGUGGCAAGAUCCCAGCCGACAACCAGGUUGGCCGUUUCCUGAUGGACCUGGUGGCCAAUGUUCCCAAACUGGAUCCCGACGAAUUUGAAAGAAUCAUCAACAGCAACAUGAAGGAUCUACUCAUGGUAGUGUACCUGUCCAACCUCGUGGAGACACAACUAGGCCUGAAUGAGAAACUCACCCUCAUCGCUCAGACUCACCCAUAAAUGACAAUGGAACCUACCAAGCCAUGCAUAACACAGUAAUGUCAUCUAUGAACCACGGUUUCUGCAUUUUGAGGGAAGGGGGCAUACCUGUCGUACUUUGCCAAUGUCACAGGUGAAAAAUCUACAACUGAGGAACACAUUUGGCUUCUUUCAUUUUCAUAACUUAAACAGCCUUUCACUCGGUAUUUUACAUUUUUGACGUGUAACUUGUCAACGUAAUAUCCAAUUGAAGUGCAACAAACAGUAUUGUAAGGAGAAUUUUCUUCUCUUGCCUAAUACCUGCAAACCCUCAUUUCAACCUCUGCCUAGUUCCGUCCCAUUUUGCCAGAAUGCCUCACAUUUUUCAUGUUUUUUGGUAUUUUAAUUUUUUUUUGGAAAAUGGAUGUCUUACUUAUUUCUAGAGCAAGGGAACACUCACAUCCCAA